ACAUAGAAAAUGUCUUGCCGAUUUCCCUAACAUGCCCUUACCAACUAUUCUUCCAAUGUCUGAACACCCAAAUCAUCUAAUCACUAAAGAACAAAACUAUAGUAUCGAAGAAUUAACGCAAAUAGUAGAAAAUAGAAUCUCUAGCCUAAAUACUGAUCAGCGAUGUAUUUUCAAAAAAAUUACAACUGCACAUACCGAUUUUGCUCGAUGGCUUCUUAAACUUGGUGAAGGGCGUAUUCCUACUAUUGAACCUGAAAAUCAUACUAUACAACUUCCUGAUAAGAUUAUACUAUCAUCUUCUGAUUUAAAUAACCUGAUCCCAUUUGUAUAUUCUGAAUUUUCCCUUUCUACCGUAUCACACCAUUUGGUUGAGUAUGCUUUGCUUGCUCCAAAGAAUAACCAA